GCCAAGGAAACAGGCGUGUUUCCUCCUGCCCUUGAAGGAGGAACUACCUGUCCUGCCCCUUUUGUGGUCACAUGAUAAAAGCUGGGGAACCGUGGAAAAAUUGCUUCCUUCUGAAGAAUCAACUUUAGGUUAACCAUUAGUUUUGGUUUGUUUUUUUUUUAUAAUUGUGCCUGUAUAAGUGGUAAGUCUAUCCAGUGCUGAAUGUGGCUGUGUCCUGUUCUUGAAACUUGGAUUUCUUCCUAUCUGGCUGCUGUUUUGUUUGGGUUUGGUUUUUUUUUUUUUGUUUUUUUUUUCAAAAAUAAGAAAUAAACUUGCAGGCUGGUAACGCUGCCUACAGACACUUAAGUAGGCCCCAAGUCUGCCCCACAUGUAUCUGCUGGUACAGUUAAACUAGUGAGUCUUCUUCCAAAUGACAAUACUAGGAAGGAACAUAUUUUUGCUGUAGUUCAAAACUAGUAACAAUCUUAGUGUUCCUGUAGGUAUACUGGCAAAAGAAUACUUUGCCUAGUGUAAGCUAUUAAGAAAUCCAUAGAUGUAGUAGUGGAAAGAAUGUUCUGUGGUUUUGGGUUGUUCUUUGUCUAAGUAGUUACUAAGGAGUGGAGGAAGGUUUCCUAACAUGAAAACAUUAGCAAAAUCUUUACAAAUGAAACAAUUAUAGUGUCUCUGAAGUCCUAAAUUUUCAUUGUAGCAGCGAAAGUGAAGGAUGCUGUAUUUCCCAAAGAGCGCUGGGAAGCAUGCUGCAAAGCAGAGAGCUCCCAUCUGUUUUAGCAUGUCCUUACAGUAAUUUUUUGGUUUCUUGGCUGACAGGUGGACUCGACCCAGAUUUGAAAGCUGCCUACAAGUCUUUUAUGAAGUCAUGUGAGAAAGGUGGGAAGAAGUCAGUAAAUGCAUGUCACAAUGUUGGGCUCUUGGCCCAUGAUGGGAGAGUAAAUGGUGAUAAACCUGACCCCGUUGUCGCUAGAGACUAUUACACAAAAGCCUGUGAUGGCAAUUUUGCUCCUAGCUGCUUCAAUCUCGGUGUAAUAUACCUCCAAGGAGCACCUGGGGUCCCUAAGGACAUGAACCAUGCUUUGAAGUACUCGCUGAAAGGGUGUGAGCUGGGUCACGUGUGGGCUUGUGCCAAUGCCAGUCGAAUGUACAAACUGGGAGAUGGCGUUGAGAAGAAUGAUGCUAAGGCAGAGGAUUUGAAGAACAGGGCAAAACAGUUGCAUAAAGAACAGAAAGAAGCCUCAAGUUCUUUAACAUUUGGGGAGUAAAAUUGUCAGUUGCAGUUACUAAGACCACAGUUUUAAAUGGCAAGUGAACUUGUUGUUUAAAUUGUGAGCAUAGUUUUCAUUUAUAAUAAAUAAAUAGCCAGUAUUUGCAUAUGCAAAUAAACUUCUGUUCUUAUGGCAACAAACAUGACCAACUCUGCUGUGCUUUUCUACAUUUUUAAAUACACAAGUUCUUAAGUGUAUUGCUUAGAUCCCUCCUCUUCAGGGAAGGCAAAAGUUUCUGGCCUUUUGGAAGUUUGUCCCCAUGGUUUCAAGUAUGAAAGGCGCUCAUGUCUGGCGCUUCAGUGCUUACGCUUACACUGUAAUCCCAGCUUGGACAUUCAAAACCGUGCCAUCUCUCUUAGAAGCAGUUGUGGAACUUUGGUAGUGUGCACUCUGGGGUGGUCUGCUCUAAGGCUGCUUUGUAGCAGGAUGGCUUGAGAAACUUGAGUAGGUUUAUUUGCGGAGGGUGGUGUUAUCCUCCCGUUGCAUUUAGACUUGCUAAUUUAGUUACUUUGUCGUCAUGCCAUCAAAACAGCACCUGUAACUAGGAGAAUAAAAAAGACAUGACUUGUUACAGGGAGAAAUAAUAAUUUUGUUAUCUUCAUGACUUUUAAAUUAUGUAUUCAAUGUCAUAAUUUAAUCCCAGAAGUUUUGAUUUCUCAAUUCAGUCUGUAGGUUUUACAGGCUGUUAGUAUAAUUAUUUCAUUUUUGCAAAUGUUUAUUAUUUGUUUGUAAGUCAAUGCUAUGGAAUUACUGGAUAUAUUCUGACUUCUAAAUAAUUAAGCAUUUAAUUGGAGCCAAGCCAGAAACUUAUUGUCCAAGAACAUCUUCAGUAAAAAACUGGGUUUGGGAAAGAGGGCCAGGUGGGAAGGCUGUGGAGAAACUGAGAGGUGGAUCAUGUCAGCAUACAAGUAAAAGCUGUCCUGUAGCAGCAUGUAGUCUUGGGAUGGAGUUGUGCUAAGCUUCUGUCUUCUUAAAAGGAGGCCUAGCCUACAAAAUUGAAACAGAUUUCUGUUGGGUGACAACCUCUGAAUGCUGGUGCUUUGCCAUUCACAAUAUGAGCUGCAUCCUGUGUGCUCGUUGAUGUGAAAUGCCCACCUGUGCAGGCCCCUGCUCAGUGUGUGUGCCUGGCUCUAUCACAGGCCUUGCUUUACCAGGAACGCUGACUUGCACAGGGAGUGCCCAUGCAAACCCCAUUAUCACUAGUCUCCUUCCUGCUUGACUGCAUGCUUUGGUGUUAGACUCAAUCCAAUGACUGCUU